CUCUCUCUGUGCAUAGUGCAAUGACUGCUGCUGUGCAUCACGGUGCUGUUAAGAAGUCAGAGCAGUUAUUUGCAUUGGGCUCAGCACACAACCUCUGGAGUUGUUGCAGCAGCAGCGCAAGUUUGCUUUGCAGCUUCCUCUUGAUGUGACGUAUGUGUUAACUACAGAAAUGUUGUCCUAACCUCAUGGCCUCGUUUGUAGUUAGCCUUUCGUAGAACCAGUAAGGCGAUUUCCAUCACUCUAGCCUCUGCUUGCCUAACACAGAUGUUUCUUAAGCAAUACCAAAAUAUGUCCGGCGCUUGCCAUGUGUAAAUUUACGUGUGUAUUAAUCAGAGGAAAAGGCAAAAACCCUUUGUGCUGAUUCUUCUGCUUGGAAUGCUGAGAGGGAAAGCUGGAAUGCUUACUGGGCCACGAGUGGUGCUGGGGCCAAAUAAUUUCUGCUUCUUUCUGACCAAAGAGACUAAGGGAAUGGAGAUGUUUUCUGUUUUGUUGAAAGCUGGCAAGGCAAGGUGUACUUUUAAUCUCUGCUUCCUCCAACCCUUUCUAGAAUGUGCUCAUGCCUAUCAAGGACCAGUAGGGUAAAGGCCCUGAGUUGAUCUUGAUGAUGCUGAAACCGUGUCAGGCUUACUAUCUGCAUCCUGAAGGAUAAGAAAAUGGAAGUCCCCGAAGCUGCUAGUAAGGAAGAGGAAUAGAUUUAUGCAAAUGCAAAGCAAAAACUGGAGAUGAUCUGUCUUCAGUGGUGGAGAGCCUGAAGUUCUCAGGGGCUCUUUUCUCUGAGGUGGGAGGUGAUGCAUAUAGCCUGGUGUGUACUGAUUGGAGGGGGAAUUAAUUGCUCCGCUGUUUGCCCUUCUCCUUGUUAUUCUGUUCCCACAGCCCUGUCACAAACAUGGCACAUCAGGGCUGUGCAGAAGCUGCAGCUUCAGUCGUGUGGCUCGGAGUGUAUUGGGAACCCCUUACACAUCAGCCGGAUGUCACUGCCUGUCUGCAAGGGCCGUGUGUGCAGCUAGCGAAGGCACUUCAUUCAGCACUGCAAGAAACUGUUCGAUGUCAAAGUAGCAUCCAGUCAGCCUUUGCAUGGCAUGAGGCAGAAACAGGAUUUUCUAGCACGGCGAGUACUUGCAGGAUCAACAGGCGGCUGAUUUCUGAUGACCAAGAAUCUGAGAGACACUGCAUCCUAAAUAGAAGCAAAAGGGGACACCUACUCAUGAUGAUUCCACCAUCUGCAACAACCCCUGUCAGCGAUGCUGCUCUCUUGCCAGGCGUGGCUUCUCAGGAAAUCUGGAGGUCCCAAGUUCCAGGCUAUUCUGGAUCGGUCACACGGCACAUAAGUCAUCGGGCCAACAACUUCAAGAGACAUCCGAAAAGGAGAAAACACAUUCGCCCUUCGCCACCACCACCGCCAAAUACUCCAUGUCCUAUUGAUUUGAUGGACUUUGGGGAUCUCCAGCCUCAGAGGUCUUUCCUAGAACUCCUGUUUAAUGGGUGCAUUCUCUUUGGGCUCGAGUUCAGCUAUGCUAUGGAAACAGCUUAUGUUACCCCUGUGCUGCUUCAGAUGGGGCUCCCAGACCAACUUUAUGGAAUGGUGUGGUUCAUCAGCCCUAUAUUAGGGUUCUUGCUACAGCCUUUACUGGGGGCCUGGAGUGACAGAUGCACCUCAAGAUUCGGGAGGAGAAGACCUUUCAUUCUGGUCUUGGCAGUAGGAGCUUUGCUUGGGCUCUCACUGACGCUGAAUGGCAAAGAUAUAGGGAGUGCCUUGUCUGACACUGCGAAUAACCACAAGUGGGGGAUCAUCCUUACGGUCUGUGGUGUUGUCCUCAUGGACUUCAGCGCAGACUCCGCAGACAAUCCCAGUCAUGCCUACAUGAUGGAUGUAUGCAGCCCAGUGGAUCAAGACAGGGGCCUCAACAUCCACGCUUUGUUGGCAGGUCUUGGAGGUGGCUUUGGUUAUGUUGUUGGAGGAAUACACUGGGAUAAAACCAGUUUUGGAAAAGCUGUGGGAGGGCAACUUCGCGUCAUCUAUGUCUUCACCUCAGUUAUACUGACUAUCACUACUGUGCUGACUCUAAUUAGCAUUCCAGAAAGACCCUUAAGGUCCUUUAGCAGGAAGAAAAAGGUGAUGAAGAGUCCAAGUCUUCCUCUCCCUCCUUCUCCACCUCUCUUCUUUGAGGAGGGCGUAAAUGAAAACUUUGCUUCCGAUAACUCAGCUCACUUGUAUGCGAGUUUUACAAGUCCCGUGUCCCCCCUCAGCCCACUCACGCCCAAAUACGGGAGUUUUGUAAGCAGAGACAAUUCCUUGACAGGAAUUAAUGAGUUUGCAUCAUCAUUUGGGACUUCAAAUAUUGACAGUGUGCUUAUAGACUGUUUUACAGGCGGGCCCAGUAGUUACUUAGCACUUCCAGCCAGCUUGCCCAGGCAGCCUGUCAGCGUCAGCUUUCCUCGGGUGCCUGACGGCUGUUACCAAGGAGAAAAUGGAGUUCUGGAGCAAGGGGAGAGCAGCGUGACGCCAGGGCCUGAUGGCGAGGCGCUGAGUGUGGGCUCACUGGAUGCGAUAAAGCCACGGUCGUCGGGGAUCCUGAAAAGACCUCAGACCUUGGCCAUUCCAGAUAUUGUAACAGGACACUGUCCAGAAAAUAACAGAAGAAGAAAUGUAACCUUCAGCCAACAGGUUGCUAAUAUCUUGCUGAAUGGUGUUAAGUAUGAGAGUGAGCUGAAUGGAUCAGGCGAGACCUCUGAGCAGCCGCUCUCCGUGAAGCUGCUUUGUUCGACCAUCUGCCAGAUGCCCAAGGCUCUUCGUAACCUCUGCAUCAACCACUUCCUAGGAUGGCUUUCGUUUGAGGGGAUGUUACUCUUCUAUACCGACUUCAUGGGAGAAGUAGUGUUUCAAGGGAAUCCGAAAGCACCUCACAACUCAGAUGAGUAUCAGAAGUACAACGCUGGGGUCACCAUGGGCUGCUGGGGAAUGUGCAUCUAUGCAUUCAGUGCUGCUUUCUAUUCAGCCAUGCUGGAGAAGCUGGAGGAGCGGUUCAGUGCACGGACACUGUACUUUGUGGCGUAUUUGGCCUUUGGGCUGGGCACAGGGCUGGCCACGCUCUCCAGAAACGUCUAUUUGCUGCUGUCACUGUGUGCUACCUACGGCAUCCUCUUUGCCACGCUCUGCACGCUGCCCUACUCCCUGCUCUGUGACUACUACCAGAGCUGCGAGUUUGUAGGCUCGCAGGCGGAGGGCACCCGUCGUGGGAUGGGCGUUGACAUCUCCCUGCUGAGCUGCCAGUACUUCCUGGCGCAGAUCCUCGUGGCCCUGGCCAUGGGGCCACUGACGGCGGCCGUGGGCAGUGCCAGCGGCGCCAUGUACUUCGCCAGCCUGGUGUCCUUCCUGGGCUGUCUCUUCUCUUCCCUCUGUGUCACCUAUGAGCUGCUGCCCACUGAGGAGCUGCUGCCCACUGAUGAGCAGCGCCCACUCUUGCCGCGCAUACGGAAUGAAUAAAUGGGAGAAGCUGCCACAGCCUCUGCUGCCUCAUUGCGUCGCCAUCAGCUUCUCCAUCGCGAUGCGGUGGGCUUGUGCACCCUCAGGAUGGCAGCAGUGGGCGUGGCACAUGGUCAGAAGGUCUGUGCUGGCUUUACCAAGCUUUCCCCUGCUGGCUGGAGGAUGAGGGAUGAGUUGGUGGUGCCUGGCACUGCUCAUCCUUCCCCUGAGGUGCCAAAGGCCCAUCUGUGCCCAGGGACCACAUCAACAGGACACGGUGGUGUCAGUGCGAGGCCGUUCCCUCCGUCCCCCUCAAUCCCCGGGGGGACAAGCGAUGUUGUCCGGCCUGAGGCAGGGGACCUGGAAGUCUGGCGCCUGGGCAGGGCAGCCGCUGUCUCUCUUGAGCAGCAGCAGCUGCAGGGCUGCGCACCCACUGUGGGCAUUGCUGCUGCUGGAGAACAGGGUCUGCGGCAUUCCACCAGCUUUGUGGGCUGAAUGUGCCAUCUCCUGGCCAGGCAGAGCGGCCUUGGUCACCAAGGGCAGUGGUGACUCCUGCGAGGCCUCAGAGAGUACCAGGGAGAACCUGUGGGGUCCUGGCCCCUGCCUAUGGUAGGCCUGGCUCUGGAGGGUACGUUUCAAAACUUGGUAAAGGCUGACAGCGACUGGUCUUGCUCGUGUGGCAUAAAUACUCUGCCAAGAGGCACAGCUGGACUCCUGAGUGUGCAGAGCUCCCACCAGCAGAACGACUCCGAGUAAGCUGCUGUGGGGUGAAACCACAGCAGCUUGGCUCCCAAACCCUGCUUGGUAGGCUCUGGCUGUGAUCCACAGGAAUGGUUGCUGAUAUGUAUUUCCUUCCAUCUUAGACUUUUAACUACGACUACAGGGGCUUGCAAUGACUUAGCAUAACCCACCUUUGAGAAGAACAGUCUUUUGCUUCCCUUGGGUAGAAGCUUACUCUGAGUUGAGAAUUUAAGAAAAGUCGUUUGCGUGAAAGCCUGCAGCACAUCAUCCUUGUUUUUCUUACAGUUGUGCCUGUGACGUUAAAAUCUGCAUGGGGAUCAGUGAUUAAGCACUUGUCAGCUAAAGCUGGAUCUUCCAUAUCUCACUGAAACUAGUUAAAAGGGCUUUGGGUCUCGUUUACCAUGAGAAUUCUUAAUUAUCCUGGUUUUGGAAUUUUGUAAAUGUGGGAGAUCUCUUACAAGUUCCGGUUAAGCAAAGAUGAAAACAGAAAUAAAACUACUACUAGGAUUCCCGUCAGCCUACCUCUGUACUUGAAUAGGCAGCCAAGGUUUUACCAAGGCUGAUGGGCAUUUUGGUUUUUUACAUGUGCUGUGUGCGGCAUCCCCGUAGAGGUUAUUUUUGCUUAACUCAUCUUUAGGUCCAGAAGAAGGGUUUUCUCUGGAGGGUCACUCUUUUAAACGAGUUGUACUUGACUGUUCACCUAAGUUUAUUCUGGUUCUUGACCUAUGAUGCCAAGAUGAAGUAAUGUGUGUAAUCUUUAGCUGUUGUGGCUUACUGUACUCCAGUGCUGAAAGCAUAAUGCGCAACUUGUAAGAACCUCUUGUUUUUAUUGUCUGACCCCGAGUAUUAAUUUUUUUUUUUUUUAAUUUGAGAAGCAAAUUUCACGCUACUCAGUGUUUACUUAAAUGGAGGAACACUACUGAAGUUACAAAGUCAAGCACUCAGAGGUAAAGGACUGUCAGAUUGCUGAGUCUGUUCAUCUUUGGGCUUAGGUAGCAUCAUAUUUAUAGGAAUAUCUGAUGUGCCAUUUCCUUGAUGAUGGGACAGCCGUUUCCAAGAAAGUUCAGGAUGAAGCUAGAACAAAAUAGCAUGAGAAAUUGUACAUUUGGCACAUCUGAUUUCUGACAAUUUAAAGACUCAACUUUGGAGAAUUUUUCAUUACUUUUUGGUCCUUAAUUUCUCUUCCUUAUCAAACUUUUAAACUUUUUCCUUUUUUCCGGUCCCACUAGCUAGUGGGGUAUUACUUCUUACUACUUCUUAAAAUGUUUUCUCUGCUUAAGUUUUGUAGCUAGCACUAUGGCACUAAAUGAGUCACGAGUACUUUCCUUUUCUAGGUAGCUGGAGUUGCAGAUCGUUUUGUUGUAAGCAAGGAUCUUCAAAAGUUUCACAGAAUGGAUGAAAUAAAUGUAUUUGAUGGUAAUGUUUGUCUCUGCUUCCACCUGUAAAUAAUAUUACAAAAUAUGUUUCUAUAGUUAUAAAACUAUUGUUAUGCCCAUAUGCAUUGCCUAAUAGAAUAUGUAUUACAUUUUCAGUUUUAUCAAAUAUGGACUUUAUUGUGUAUAUGUAUUUGUGUAGUGUUUACAUACAUUGUACUUUUAAGUCAAGGCCAAUGUAUGUUAAUUUGAGGCUUGGAGCAAUGCUGGUGGUGUCUGGAAAAAACCCACUGCCUGGCACCGUCAUGCAGAGUUGGAAGUCACACAGCCCAUAGAAAUAACUUUGAAAGUAGGCAUUGCUUAUUUUCUUCCUUUGCCAUACAUUUGUGUUCUGCAGAAAUCACUGUAUGUGGUCACUGUUGCACUGUGAGCUGCAAAGUGAUAUUUGCCUUUUGCAAUACAAACCCUUCAAAUACUCCCUCUAAAUCUGCAAGCAGCUGUUUAGAAGUGAGAUGCAUGAAUUUAGGCUGGGAAGUGAUUUUACACUAUGAUGUAGUUUAAUCUCUUCGGCAGUGCCAAAAGGUUAAUUUUUAUUAAGUAAGCCCUUAUCAUUAAAAGUUGUUUGAUGUCAA